GGCUGGCACUGCUGUUCAAGUUGUUUAUUCCUGAGCUUCCUGUUUGUUUUUCUCAUAAAUAUUUUGUGUCUUUUUUCCCCACAGACAAUGCAGAGAGCAGUCUUCCAGGUUUUGAAGUACUUGAUAGUUCAGAUCAGGAGUGAUAAUGAAAGACGCAGACGGCCAUGCAAUAUUGAAGGGGGCCUCUUGAUAUUGGUGAAGGCAGUGAGCUCUACACCCAGCCAAGAUGACUUUACCUGCAGGGUCAACAUUGCAGUCGCUGGCCUGUGGAGUUUUGGAGUGCCAAUGGAAGAAGUUCAGAAAGAGAUACAAGAGCGACUGUCUGCUGUAACUUAUGUGGAAGAUUCAGAAGAAACUGCAGAUUUUAUUAAAACACACGGCCAGCUUCACUUUCAGUUGCAGUUAAUGGUGUGUGAGAGGAGUGGCGCCCUGCAGACAGACUGCCUGGCUCUGGAACGAUUCUUACAGCGCCUCAGCCUGGUACACACACAGGUGAAAAUUCAUUACAAGCUUCAGGUGAACGGGGCACCUUCCUUACGAAUCUAUGGUGAUAAACAGGGCUGCAGGUUCUCACUAAAGGGCAGGAGUUUGCUCACUGACAGUGCCCACUAUUUAACGUAUGAUGGUUCUGUGCUGGUUGAGCAGUGCGGCCGGGUGCACCCGGUCUCAGGCAGGGCUGUGUCUCUCUCGCUGCCCCAGGGUGUGGUGGAGUCAGGGCUUGGAGGAGAGCUCACCAUGCUCCCUGUAGCAGCCCUGUGCCCCUGCCUCAGACAGCACCCCAACAAGCCAGCUAGCAUCACCAGCCUUCACAUAUCCUUUCAACAGCACAGCACAGCAGAGCUAGCAUUGCAGGGAAGGGAAUAA